AUGGCUUCUUUGAGCCGUGAGAGCUCUGUUGAAGUUGUAGAGGAUGGAAGCGGUGGUGAAGAAGAAAUUCCUGGGCCGUCUGAUGUAAAUCACAGGCGGCUUUCUAUGAGAAGUGCUACACGAAAUUUUCGUCGAAUCAAUUUCGAGGACAGUAUUUUUUAUGAAGAGCCUCAAGAGGAAGAAACACUUUCAUUGAAUCGGGCUGGGACUGUUGUUGCGCGAAAGAUAGAAAGUAGCGGUGAGGAAGAAGAUUCAGAAGAAGCAGUAAAAAAAAAGAAAAAACGAUGUGAAACCGAAGAUAAAGUGAUGAAUAAUUUCACUUGUGAUGAUACAGAGGACAGGACUUGCACGAUUUGUUUCGAAGAAUAUACUAAUGCAGGAUCUCACAGGUUGGUGUGCCUUAAAUGCGGACAUAUAUUUGGGCAGUCGUGUAUAGAGAAAUGGAUUCGUAGCGAGAAAAAUGCCAAAUGUCCUCAGUGUAAAGCAAGAGCGCGAAUUUCGGACAUAAGGCGGUUAUUCGCUAGAACUAUCAAAAUGGUGGAUACGACUGAGCUGGAACUGUUGAGGGAGUCGGUGAAAAUUUAUAAAUCUGAAAAUGAGAAUCUUCGAGUUGAAAUAGCGGAACUGAAAAUGAAACUGCAAGAUGCUAUUCAGCGAACCGCGAAGAAUGCUGAUAGUCGUGAAGAAAACCUGUGGAGCUUCGAUUCCGGUCGUAGCACUUCACUGCCACUUAGUUUAAAGGCAGGCCCAGCCCUGUUUUUAUCGGCUGAAGCUGGGUCGAAAUACAUCGACGUAUCGGAGAACUUUGUUAUUACUUGUUCGCUGCAAAGUGGGAUAUUUCUUCCUUUUGGGCUGAAAAUUGUGAAGAAAGACGGUCGUAUUAAAACUUCUGUUCCUGUACACUCUGAAAAACCAAGAUAUUGUGUAUUUUCUCCAUUUAAUAAAAGUUUAGUCCUUUCGACUGGAGAAGAUAAAACGCUUUGUGUAACCAGGUUUGCUGAGAAUUCUGCUGCUGUAAUUCAUCGGUUUGAGUUGCCAACUAAGGGUUGGUCAUGUUGCUGGCUUAACGAGAAGGAAGUAGCUGUUGGCUUGUUCAAUGAUGUGGGGGAGCGCGGUCGGUUGAGUAGUCGCAACGUUGUUUAUCAGAGUAGGGUUCGUUCCCUGCUGGGGUACGCAUACCAGCUACGCAUUGGUUGUUUAUGUCCAGUGCGUCGUUCUACAUAUGCGGAAAGAGGCGAUGCGAGAUGCAACCAUUGCUUGCUUCGUGAUAGCAUCCAAUGCAGAAUUCUUAAAUUCGAUUUGGACAGCCAUGAUUCUCCUCCGAUUGAUUUAGCAGAUGCAGCAAGUCGUUGUCCAAUAAUUGAGUUGCAGUGGUUAGAUAGAGCAUCAUCUCUUAUUGUUGUCUCAAUCCUUGAAUGUUGUGUUUACCGUCAUCGGAUAAAAACUUCUAUUGUUUUAGGUUCAAUUAUGUCGUUUAGCUGGAAUGCGGAUAACAGUUGCUUUAUGCUUUCUUUUUCACCGAACAGGACUAGGAUUUUCACCGAACAUGCACUUUAUAAAGUUACUUUCGACGAGACUGUAGUAAAAGCUCAAGAAAUUGAUAGGUAUCGAAGUAGUUCCAAAAAGCAAACGCGUUUGGUUCACUGCACUCUAUGGAAUGUGGAGGACUCAUUGUUCUCUGCUGUCUUUGAUGAAACUCAUUCUCGGCUGGUUGUAUUUAAUUGGGGCAGAGAACGCCAUGUAGUUGAGAAUUUUGUUGGCGACGCUAUAAUUGCAAUAAAGGAGAUGAAAGGGUUUGAUAGCAAGAACACUCGCCUUGCAUGUUUAAGUGAAAAAGAGUUAUAUUUUUUUGACGUUUGCUAUUCUUGA